AGGAUGGCUGCGGCUGCUGGCGGGGCCCUGAGGGCGCCGGGCGCGGACGGCGGCAGCUCGUGCUUGUCCAUGGAGCGGAUCCGGGCGCUUACCGACCUGCGGGAGCUGGAGGCCGCCUAUGGCCGCCUGUGCGCAGAGGAGAAAGUGGUGGAAGAAGAGCUGGAGGCCCUGUUGGAACAACAGGGUACCAUAGAGAACAAGAUGGUUGCUCUUCAUCGCAUGGGCCCCAACCUGCAACUGAUUGAGGGGGAUGCCAGGCAGUUGGCGGGGAUGAUCACUUUCACCUGGAAUCUGGCUGAGAAUGUCAGCAGCAAAGUCCGACAGCUUGAUCUUGCCAAGAACCGCCUCUAUCAGGCCAUCCAGAGAGCUGAUGACAUCUUGGACCUGAAGUUCUGCAUGGAUGUUCAAACAGCUCUGCGAAAUGAAGAUUAUGAGCAAGCAGCAGCUCAUAUCCAUCGCUACUUGUCUCUGGACAAGUCAGUCAUUGAGCUCAGUCGACAGGGCAAGGAGGGCAGCAUAAUUGAUGCCAACCUGAAGCUCCUGCAGGAGGCAGAGCAGCGUUUGAAGACUAUUGUAACUGAGAAAUUUGACCUAGCUAUGAAGCAGGGAGAUCUGCCACAGGUGGAGCGUUUCUUCAAGAUCUUCCCUCUGCUGGGCUUACAUGAGGAGGGGCUGAGCAAGUUCUCUGAGUACCUUUGCAAACAGGUUGCCAACAAAGCAGAGGAGAACCUGUUAUUGGUGAUGGGGACGGACAUGAGUGACCGUCGGGCCGCAGUUAUCUUUGCAGACACACUGACACUCCUCUUCGAAGGAAUCGCUCGCAUUGUGGAGACCCACCAGCCCAUCGUGGAGACCUAUUAUGGGUUGGGGAGACUGUACACCCUGAUCAAACACCUACAAGUGGAAUGUGACCGGCAAGUGGAGAAGGUGGUGGACAAGUUCAUCAAGCAGAGGGACUAUCACCGGCAGUUCCAGCAGGUUCAGAACAGCAUGAUGAGAAGUUCUGCUACAGAAAAAAUUGAACCAAGGGAACUUGACCCCAUUUUAACUGAAGUCACCUUGAUGAAUGCCCGCAGCGAGCUGUACCUCAGAUUCAUCAAGAGACGAAUCAUCUCUGACUUUGAGGUGGGAGACUCCAUGGCCUCGGAGGAGGUAAAGCAAGAACAUCAGAAGUACUUGGACAAGCUCCUCAAUAACUGCCUACUGAGUCGCACUAUGCAAGAGUUGAUUGGCUAUUACAUCACCAUGGAGGAGUACUUCAUGAGAGAGACGGUCAAUAAGGCUGUUGCCAUGGACACGUAUGAGAAAGGUCAGCUGAUCUCCAGCAUGGUGGAUGAUGUAUUUUACAUAGUGAAGAAAUGCAUUGGGCGUGCCCUGUCCAGCUCCAGCAUAGACUGCCUUUGUGCCAUGAUCAACCAUUCCACCACAGAGUUGGAGUCCGAUUUCAGGGAGGUUCUGUACAACAAGCUGAAGCUGGGUUUUCCAGCCACCACCUUCCAGGACUUCCAGCGAGGUGUGACCAGUGCAGUGAACAUCAUGCACAGCAGCUUGCAACAGGGCAAAUUUGAUACCAAAGGCAUUGAAAGCACUGAUGAGGCCAAGCAAUCCUUUCUGGUGACCCUGAACAAUGUAGAAGUCUGCAGUGAAAACAUCAUGACCCUAAAGAAGACUUUGGAGAGUGAUUGCUCCAAGCUGCUUAGUCAAGGCUUUGGGGGUGAGCAAGCCCAGGCCAAGAUUGACAGCUGCCUCUCUGACAUGGCUGCAGUAUCCAACAAGUUCAGAGACCUCCUGCAGGAAGGUCUGAAUGAGUUGAACAGUUCAGCCAUCAAACCCCAGGUGAAGCCCUGGAUCAACCUGUUCCUCUCAGUCUCCCAUAACAUCGAGGAGGAGGAGUUCAACGACUAUGAAGCUAAUGAUCCUUGGGUCCAGCAGUUCAUCGUCAACCUUGAACAGCAAAUGGCAGAGUUCAAGUCUGGUCUAUCACCUGUGAUCUAUGACAGCCUCACUAGCCUGAUGACCAGCCUUGUGGCCAUUGAACUGGAGAAAGUGGUUCUCAAAUCCACCUUUAGCAGGCUUGGCGGCCUGCAGUUUGACAAGGAGCUGAGAUCUCUUAUAGCAUAUCUCACCACAGUGACCACCUGGACUAUCCGAGACAAGUUUGCUCGUCUUUCCCAGAUGGCAACUAUCCUCAAUCUGGAAAGGGUAACGGAGAUCCUGGAUUACUGGGGUCCAAACUCAGGCCCACUGACAUGGCGCCUCACUCCAGCAGAGGUCCGACAGGUGUUAGCCCUCCGAAUCGACUUCCGUAGCGAAGACAUUAAAAGGCUGCGCUUGUAGUGAUCCUCUUGGACAUACAGCAUGGCCUGCACACUAGCAGCCUAUGGGGCCUCUAGUCAUGCUACCCUGCCUAUUCACAAGCCAAAGGAAAUGUCACAUGCUCGCCUUGGGUGUCUGUUUUCAUGCUCCAUUUUGCAGUUACAAAAGGGCUAACUGGAUGCUGAAGAGCUAUGUGGUUACCUUUGUCCACUGUGGCUGCAGUGAAACCUCAAGAACAGAAGAAUACAAGUGGAACUCCUUAUUGAAGCACCAUGACAUUAAUACCACAGAAUUAGUCUGCUCUUAUGGACUGCUUAGCACCUGGCUUGCUCCUUCCCUGCUCUCCUUCCUUUGUGUUGCACAGGGAUCCGCAAACCCCAGCACACAUGCCAUUAGUGACAUGCAGAGACAUUUUCCUCAGCAUGCCAGGAGAUGUACAAAGAACUUGUUUAUUUUUUUUUUUAAAUUGCUGCUCUGGGCUAUCCAGAGCAGCCACAAGUCUCAGUAGGCAGCAAGGGCAGAGUCAAGAACACAGACAGGGAUGCAGUAUGUUUUUUUUCUGACCCCGCCCCCUGUCCCUGGACUGUGCCCUUUGGCCCGGCCCCUGGAAGCUCCCAGUGGGUGGGCAAGCCCAGGGCUCAGGCAGAUGGAUGCCCUAUCCCACCAGGGUGCUGAGCACUGGGGCUGGAUGCUCAGGGAGAAGCAGGUGUGGGAUGAGGCACUGCGGGGGACCUUUGGGGAAGGUGGGGGCUGGGUGGGAAGUGAGGUUGCCUUGGGGCUCUGUGGGCUCGGGCUGCAGUGGGCAGGGGCACCCAGCAGCACUCAAAGUGAGGCCCAGCUUACACAGCUCCACAGGGAUGGGGCACAGCUGCCCUGCCUGUGAGGAGGUGCUGCCUGGCCGCGGCAGGCUGCUGGGCUUGGGGCUUUGGGUGCAGUGCGAGCAGAGUGGAGCUGCCCCUGAGCCUGCUCAGGCCCUGGCCUUGUCCAACCACAGUUCCCUCAGUGGGCUGGGUUGGGUCAGGCUCAGGUCUGUGCAGGGCUGUUGGUUGCAGGCUCCCGGCUGGCUCGGCACCAAGCAUUGCCUCCAACAACUGUUUCCAGAUCCUGGGGAGUUCCUGCAGCUUCAGAGGCUCUGUCCCGCUCAUGCUGUACCUAGCAUGCAUGGAGGUCGAACCGGGAGACCACCAAGCUCGGUGUCCUGCCUCAGCCAGGCAGAGUCCCCUUGCGGACAGGGUGCCUGCUCCCCAUUCCUGCAGAGCUGUGUGGGCUGGGCUGAGUCCUCUGGGUGCCCCACUGCACCCUGAGUCUGCAGAGCCCCACAGCAGCCCCUGCUUCCCACCUAGCCCCACUCUUCUCUGGCUGCCACCUUCCCAAGGGCCCCACUGGGCCAGCCUUCCUGCGAUGCCUCCCCAUGCUGUCCAGCCCCUGCCCUGGGUGCCCAGCCCUGGUGCUGCCUGAGUCCUGGCUAGGCUCUCCCUCUCAGCACCCUCUUUAUUUUCUCUCCUCUUUUUUGUUCUCUCUUUUCUUCUGUCUCUUUUCUUUCUCCCCUUUUUUCUCCUUUCUCUCUUUCUCUUUUUCUCACUCUCAUCACAACAUGCUUAACAAAUACACAAAAGCAAAGGUAGCAUAUGAAGUUUUAUUUAUUGUUGCCAGAUUUAGAAUUUUUAGAUCUGAUAUUUACUUAAAGAAAAAAAAAGGCAACACUUAUGAUUAUUAACUAUACUACUACACAGUGCAUCCUGCCACGAACCCCCCAACCCUCAUUUUGUUUUUCUGGUAUGCCAGCACUCUGGCACCUUCCAAGGCAGGUAUUGUGGCUUUUCAGCACUGUGGCCAAAAAACGUUGCCUGUCCCAAUGUAGCAAAUUUCACAGGGCACAAUGCUGCAGUGCUACAUGCUGCUGCUGCUGUGAGGAGUCUCAAGCAGUACUUAAUGUCUUCUAACUCUGUGGGACCACUGGAAGAAUGGCUUAAAGGCCAUAUGCCCAUAUCUGGUGCUGCCCUGCUCCUUCUAGGGGGUGUAAUUGAUGUUGUCCCCUUCCCCUUUCUGUGCUGCUAGUUUAGACCUCGGUUACUAUAGUUUUGUGAGCUCAUUCCCUAGCCCAGAGGACUGAUGGAUGGAGGCUUCAUUCUUAAUAAUGGUCCCAGUGGGUGAAGCUUCCUUGGGGCUUGUUUGAAAAACACAUUUAUGCUGAUGGUAAAGUUGACAGAAGGAGCAGGGUUGUUGCUCCUGUUUAUGCCCUGUGAAAUAAGUUAGUAAAUAAAGGCAGAGAUGGGCAGCAUUACUUUGGGUGUAACGUGUAACAGUAGAGAAUUGGGAGAGUUGGUCUACAGGGCAGUUGGAUGGUAAAGAGGGGAACAGCUUGUUCCUUCUGUGCUCUGGUAUGUACUUUAUCUUAUGUCUUGCAUCUCUACUGUGCUCCAGUGAGGAAAGUGCCUCCUACCACCACUGCCCCUGCAGAUGGCACUGCACUCAUUCAAGGGAGCCUGAAUUAAGUUUUUAUUAAGCUAGUAGUCAGGUAGCCACACAGCUUGCAAAUGGUUAAGGUUGGGGAAGGAGAGGACUAGCUGUAUCUUUACUCUCUGCCUUCCUGCAAUGCCUUGUACUCCAGCAUGGAAGGCUGGGCCUGACUCAAGUUUACUGAGCACUCAGAAGAAUGCAGGCUGUCUCCUGCAGGGAUAGGGAGGAGCAGAGUGACACUGUGCUGUAUGGGAACCCACACAGGGGGGACACAGGAUAUCUUUAUAGUCAAAGAAAUGGAGACAGAGUCGCAUCUCAUUACAGAAAUAAAAUGGUUUGCAUGCUCCCUUUCUAAGGCA